AUGGAUCUCGUUUGGACACUGUGUGAUGGAAACCCACAGUUGUUUUACCAGAUUGUGAACAUACCAUUUGCAUUUCUGUUUUAUUGUUUAUCCAGGAAAGGACAUCUCUCAGUAAUCAAUAGGUAUGUCUACUUGACACUGGGAGGAUUCAUCCUUGCUAUUGUAACAAUGGGUCCGUUUAGCUUAUUGCUGUUCUUCAGUGCUGUGCUUCUCCUGCUGCUGAUCCACUGUCUACACCCAACGCAUAAUCAUCAGUGGAUGCUGGGAUUGCAGAUGUGCUGGCAAACCUGUUGGCACUUGUACCUCCAGUACCAGUUAUACUGGCUUCAAGAGACACCAGACUCGAGGCUUUUACUGGCCAUAUCCGCUCUCAUGUUGAUGACUCAGAGGGUUUCUUCUCUAUCACUUGAUCUGCAGGAAGGAACAGUCACUAGUCGCUUUCAAAACAGCCGUCCUAUAGCAUUUCUGAGCUACUCACUUAAUUUUCCUGCUCUUCUUGGAGGACCACUUUGCAGCUUCAACACUUUUGUUCAGUCUGUUGACUGCAAUGCGACUCCAUCGUUGGCUCCAUAUUUAGGGAGGCUUACUUCAAAGAUAUUUCAAGUAUUAGUUUUGGUGUCGGUUAAAUAUCCUCUUAAGGAGCUCUUAAAAUCACUCACAUUCAGAAUAAACAGCGCUUGUGUUUGUCAAAACAUAAUAUGGAUCUGGAUCCUGUCGCUGCUACUUAAGAUGAACUAUUAUGUGCACUGGAAAAUCAGUGAGUGUGUUAACAGUGCUGCAGGCAUAGGUUUCCAUGGGUACAGUGGCAGUGGAAAACCAUCAUGGGAUGGGCUUUCUGAUGGCAGUCCAUGGGUGACUGAAGCAUCGAGCCGUCCUUCAGCGUUUGCGCGACAGUGGAACAGAACCACGGCGGCGUGGCUUCGAAGAAUGGUCUUUAAAAGGUCCAACAGAUCUCCACUGUUUAUGACUUUUGGGUUCUCAGCGUGGUGGCAUGGCCUUCAUCCAGGUCAAAUUCUGGGCUUUCUCAUCUGGGCCGUCACUGUGCAGGGAGACUAUAAGCUACAUCACUUCUUGCAUCCAAAGCUUACCUCCAGGUGGAGGAAAUGUCUGUAUGUGUGUCUAAACUGGGCUUUUACUCAACUGACCAUUUCAUGUGUUGUUGUCUGUGUGGAGCUUCAGAGUUUAGAGUCAGUGAAGCUGCUCUGGUCUUCGUGUAUCGCUGUGUUUCCACUACUGAGUGUUCUGAUGAUUAUAAUCCUGUGAGUAAUAACCAGAACCAGUUUAAAUUAUAUAAAUGU